AUGGAUGCCUAUACUGCAACUACCACCAUCCUGUUAGUCAUGUUUUUAUCAUUACCAUAUACUGGAGCUCAAACACACAAACGACUACCAGAGCAGAUAGCACCAGGUUCCUCACUUUCCCCUACUGGCAGUGAUUACAAAUCUUUAUGGCUUUCCCCUUCUGGCCUAUUUGCGUUUGGCUUUUAUACACAAGACAACAAUAGCUUUCUCGUUGGAAUUUGGUUGCUCGGUAAGAUGAACAGGACGAUAGUAUGGACUGCAAACCGUGAUGACCCUCCGGUAUCCUCGACUUCAAAGCUACAAUUUACAAUCAACGGUACAAUAAUACUAACUGAUCAAUAUGGACAAGAGAAGCUUAUUGUUAAUGUUAAUGCAAGAGCUUCAUCUGCCUCCAUGCUUGAUUCUGGCAACUUUGUAAUAUAUGACUACAAUAAUAUUUCAAGAAUCAUAUGGCAGAGUUUCGACCAUCCAACUGAUACUUUGUUGGGGAGUCAAUCUCUACCUUGUGGAGUCCAGCUUUCCUCUAGUUUAUCAAAUGCCAACAGCUCAACUGGAAAGUUUCGUCUCAACAUGCAGGUUGAUGGAAAUCUUGUUCUUUUUGCAGGAUACACUACAGAAUCGUUUUGGGAUGCUUAUUGGGCCUCUAAUACUGCUAGUGGCAAUGUCAAAUAUUAUCUUUACCUCAACAAAACAGGUUUACUACAGAUCUUGGAUAGCAAUAAUUCUAGUAUUGUUACAACUUUGUUUGAUACGGGAAAACAGCAGCAGAAGACUGGAGGAAACCAGACUAUUUAUCGUGCGACUCUGGAUUUUGAUGGGGUUUUUCGCCUGUAUGCUCAUCCAAAUAAUAAUAAAGCAAGUGACGAAAUUAUCACAAGUUGGCCUAGGAGUAACCCAUGUGAAGUAAAGGGGUUUUGUGGUUUCAACAGUUACUGCACAUUGGAUGAUGACAAACCAUUAUGCAACUGUUUCCAAGGAUAUAAAUUUAUAGACGAAAAUGAAAAGACUCUUGGUUGCGAAAGGAACUAUUCAAAAGUAGAGUGUAGAGGUAAUAGUGAUGGUUUGGCCUUUUAUAACAUAGUCCCGAUGAAACAUAUUUUAUUGGAGGACCAUCCUUAUUUUGAGAUUACAGAUAUUUCGGAACAAGAUUGCUCAUCUUCUUGUUUGGUUGAUUGCAACUGUUGGGCUGCACUCUAUGAUGGAGAAAAAUGCAUGAAACAAGGGUUUCCUUUGAAAUAUGCCAGAAGGACACUUGAAGAUGAAAAAUUGACCACAGCUUUCUUAAAGGUGGGGAAACAAGGCAUCGGAAACUGGAAGUCGAAUGAUACACUCUCCCCCCUACAACCAUCACCGCCUCCAAUCAAGACUACCGGUAACGAAGCAGUGGUGCAUAUUAUUGUUGUUACAUCAAUAUUUACUGUGCUUCUGGUUUCAGCAGUUGUUAUAUCCUGCCAUUACAUUUACAAGAUUCGGGUAUUGAGGUACAAAAGGCUAACGGACACUGGGAACAUUGGGCUGAAUGAAGAUGUGGCUUUGAGAAGGUUUUCAUAUAACGAGCUUAAAAGAGCAACAAAUCAGUUUAAGGAAGAAUUGGGUAAGGGAUCUUUUGGAUCAGUUUACAAAGGGACCUUAAACAAAGGUAAGAGAUUGAUUGCAGUGAAGAGACUAGAGAAGGUGGUGGAAGAAGGGGAAAGGGAGUUUCAAGCAGAGGUGAGAUCCAUUGGGAAAACCCACCACAGGAACCUAGUUAGAUUGCUAGGUUUUUGUGUCGAGGGUUCGAAAAGGCUUCUGGUUUAUGAGUACAUGAGCAACAGUUCGCUUGGAAAGCUUCUGUUUGGUGAUCAAAGACGUCCAGAUUGGAACGAAAGAGUAAGAAUAGCACUGGAUAUUGCAAGAGGAAUUUCAUACCUCCAUGAAGAGUGUGACGCUCCAAUCAUUCAUUGCGACUUAAAGCCACACAACAUUUUGAUGGAUGAGUUUUGGACCGCCAAGAUAUCGGAUUUUGGGCUAGCAAAACUUCUAAUGCCGGACCAAACCAGAACAUUCACGAUGGUCAGAGGUACAAGAGGGUAUAUGGCCCCCGAAUGGAACAAGAACGUGCCAAUAUCAGUGAAAACAGAUGUUUAUAGCUAUGGGAUAGUGCUGUUGGAAAUCUUAUGUUGCAGAAGAAACAUAGAUGUUAAUGUGUUGGAACCUGAGGAGAUUCUUCUUUCGGGUUGGGCCUAUAAGUGCUUUGUUGCAGGAGAGUUAAAUAAGCUUGUUCCUUGGGAAGUCAUUGAUAACAAUGUAAUGGAAAAUAUGAUUAAGGUGGCACUGUGGUGUAUCCAAGAUGACCCUCUUCUCAGGCCAACAAUGAAGGCUGUGGUGUUGAUGUUAGAAGGGAUUACUGAUGUAGCAGUUCCUCCUUGUCCAGAUUCCACUUCUGCAUGA